AUGGAGCUAGCCGGAACUGUUCCAAAGUUUUGCCGCUUAUUUAGAUCCUGCUCUAUUUUGGUUAGUGGCGUUAUCAUUGUACUGGUCGCCGGAAAACCUUGCUGCCGUCGCCGGAAAAGUAUGCUGGUAAGGGUUUCAAACUUGGUUUUCGUUUCUUGUGAGAUGAUGGGAGUCUUAUUGUCGCGGCAUGUUGGUUUCAGUCACCGUCGCCGGAGUUGGGUCGCCGCAGCCGCUGAAGGUGGCUACCGAGGCUACCGCCAAACCGGUUCAGAGGCCGUUACUUUCGUUUUGGUAUUACAACAGGUUGUGGAUGAGAUACAAAAUUAUUAUGAUUGUCAUUAUAUAUCAUCAUGUGAGGCAGCUUGGAAGAUAUUUGGUUAUAAUAUUCAGAUAAAGGAACCUGUAGUUAUUAGGUUACCCUUUCACUUUCUUGAAGAGCAUGUUGUUAUCUUUAGAGAUGAUGACAAUAUUCAAGAUGUUCUCAAUCGUGUAGAUGGCAAGUUGACAAAAUUAUUAGCAUGGUUCCUUGCUAAUACUUUAUAUACUUUUGCCCGGUUGUUGACUUAUAGUGAGUUCCCUAACAAGUUUGUAUGGAAAGAUGAUAAAGGAUGCACAAGUUUUGUUGACCUUAGAACUAUUCAUGAUGUUAUUUAUGAUACAUUCAAGGAAGCAUGUUAUACAUUAGGAAUUCUCCAAGAUGACAAGAAAUUUGUUGAUGCUAUAUUGGAAGCAAAGCUACCAUUAUCAGAUGAGCAAAUAUUGAAUUUGACAUUGGUUAAAAUUAAGGAAAAAUUACAAGCAAAUGGAAGAUCUCUUAGAGAAUUCUCUACAUUAUCGUAUCCUGAUAUGCAAAACAUUGAUGGUGUAUAUGAUCGAUUCUUAAUGGAUGAGAUGAAUUUUGAUAGGGAAUUACUACAUGAAGAGUUAAAGGAUUCUUUGAAAUCUACGACUCACGAACAGAAGAAUGCAUACGAUCAGAUAUUGAAUUCUAUCUCCAUGGACCUUGGUGGAUUUUACUUUGUUUAUGGUUACAGCGGUACUGGGAAGACUUUCCUUUAUCGCACGUUAUCUGUGUCAUUAAGGUGUAACAGCAAAAUUAAGCUAAAUGUUGCAUUAAGUGAUAUUGCUUCACUAUUACUCCCUAAUAGACACACUGCUCAUUCUAGAUUCAAGAUUCCACUAAACAUAAACGAGAAUUCGCUUUGUAACUUUAAACAAGGUUUCUCCCUUGCUAAGCUUCUUGCUAGAGCCAAUUGUGAGUCUGAAGUUUUGAUCCCGAAUGAGAUUCUCAUUGAUGAUACUAACACUGAUUUUGAAGAGUUGAUACAGUUUGUCUAUCCCAUGCUAUUAUAUAACAUGACCAACACAGAUUAUUUCAAGAAACAAUCAAUUCUUGCUCCCACUCUAGAAGUUGUUAACAAGGUGAAUAACAGUAUAAUGAGUCUUUUACCUGGCGAUCAAAGGGUUUAUCUUUGUUCUGACUCUUUGUGUGUUGAAGAAGGAUUACCUAAUCACCAGCUAUGCUUGAAGGAAGGUGUACCGGCAAUAAGAAAUAUUGACCAAUCUAAUGGUUUGUGUAAUGGUACUAAGUUGCAGAUCCCCACCCUUCAUCGAGACUCUCUAACUCUCAACUCUUACACCUUCACUCUCGUCGAUCCAAUUCACUGA